UAGGUACCAUUGCACAAAAAAUCAUUUGGCUCUGAAUAACAGUAGAGCAUAAACUGCAUUGAUGCUUGCAUGGUUAUAAUCAAUUUUAUAAUAUAUUAAACCAAAGAUGAAGUGUUUACUAAUCAAUCUUAUUGUUUUUAUAACUUUUGUUAAUUCAGAUAUCGGUAAACGUUUGUCUCUUCCACAAUUACCAUUUGGUGUAUACAGGUUAAAUUUCUUAGGAGUAACGCGUUGUGAAUCUGUUCCGACAAAUAAUAAAUUAAAAUAUGAAUUGUACCUAAGCAAAAAGUCGGCCAAUACCACAGAAAUCAAAGGAAUCGUAACCAAUGCGGUACCAUUAGAUGAUUCUCUGGAUUUGGAAUUUAAUUUGGCGGUAAAAGACUCUAUUGGUGGUUGGAAGGAGAACGCUUUUCUUUAUAAGACUCCUAAAGCUUGUUCCUCACUCAAAAAGUUCUUGGGGCCUGCUUGGACUCCAAUAAUGGAUUCGGCGGGUGCCUACAAUGCGACUUGCCCUAUGCCCGUGGGUGUAUAUAAAGUAUCCGGCAUAGAUACUGGUGUUUUCAUGAUUUCCAGUUUUCCCAAAUCAUUUUUUUAUGGAACAUACAGAUUUCGUUUAUUUUAUUCAAAAAAGAAUGAAGUUUACGGUUGUUUUAUCAUAAUUGUAGAAAUAAAGCGGCCUUGGGAAACUGAAUAAAUAUUGAAUUACAAUACUACACUAAUAACAUUAUUUAUUAUUAUCUAUGUUCAUGUAUCUUAAAAGAUAUUCAAAUAUUUUGUUAUCAUUGAUUAAUGUAUUAUUUUGUUACACUAUAUGUCUAUUAUUUUUUUGUUUCUAAUACUAUACUAAACGCAAUUUACUAUUAUAGUUUUAUUAUUAUGUAUUAUUUUAUUAUAUACAAUAACAAUUAUUUUGCUCACAUAUAUUUGUUUUUUGCACU